AUGUUCCUUAUCUGUAAUCUCAUCCUUGCAUUUCUAGCCAACACCACUUCCUCUUCUUCUGAUUACUUUGACUACUUUCAAUCUCAAUUUUCUAAUGAUUUUGUGGUUGAUAUUGAAGAUGAACAUAAUAAAUUACAAGUGAAGAAAAAGCAAGAAGAAUUUUAUGAACAACUAGUGUCAUCAGAAGAAGAAGGAAGUUCAGAGAAUGAAGCUGCAAUUGAUGAAGAAGAAGAAGAAAGUUCAGAGAAUGAAGCUGCAAUUGAAGAAGAAGAAGAAGAAGAAUUGAGAGAUAUUAAUACAGAUGAACUCAACCGCAAGUUUGAAGAAUUUAUAAGAAAAAUGAAGAAGGAGAUUAUGAUUGAACCCAAAACACACCCAAUUGCAAUCUAG